AUGUACGUAGUAAAAUAUUGCUGCUGGGAGGACACUGUAAAAGAUAUGAAGAAAUUCGAAACUAAACUAGGGCGAAUGAUAACUAAUAAUAAAACCAGGAUAAGCGUCCCAGAAAAGCUGGGUCUUUCGGGGCAGUCUUUUGAGCAAUCGUGGGAAAUAGUUAAACAUGCCAUUGAUCAUAUAUAUAUAGAUGACAUGGCCGAUCUCUCAUUCGAACAAGUAUACAGGACAAUUUACACAAUUGUUCUAAACAGAAAAGGAUCAAUGCUUUAUGAUAAUUUGAAAACAUACACAAUAGAAAAACUACUUUUUUUUAGGGAAACAGUAUUCAAGAACAAUGCACCUGAUUAUGAAAUUCUCGAAACAAUGGCAGGAUUAUGGGAGACGCUAUGUAAUUGUUUUAAAAUUACUGGGGAUUUGAUGAUGUACAUGGACAAAGUUUAUUGCAAGCCGAAUAGGUGCUUGGAGGUAUAUGAUAUGUGUCUUGAUCUUUUUAGAACCGAAAUACUCCAAAAGCGUUCCUCUUCUCUUAUUUCAGCAUUGAUUUCAGAUAUAGAUGGAAUUCGUAGUUCAGGGUCCAUGGACCCAAAACAUACUAGCAUGUGGAAAGUGUUAAUAGGAAUGAUGGAAACGUUGCAUGACAAUAGAGACAACUUUUUCUUGACUGAUUUUGAACCAGUUUUAAUCAGCGCAACAGAAAGAUACUAUACUGAUGCUAUCAAUAUUAAAUCGCUAACGCCGCUUGAGGGACUGGAAAAAAUAAGGAAACUGAAGCAGUUCGAAAAUGUAUUAGAUUCUUCUUUUUUGAAUGCAGAUUCUCACAACAAGUUAAAAAAAGUCUUAGGAAAUGUCCUCAUAUGGGGAAAACUGAGUGAUGUCAUAGAGGAUUUGACACAUGAAGCAAUGAAGCUCUCGGAUGAAAGGCUGCUUCAAGAAAUCUAUGAUUUGUCUGGUGAAAGGAAAUAUAAAACUACUAUUAUUGAGUCUAUUAAAUCCUAUAUUCGGCGAAUUGCCACAGCAGUUCCUUUUAAGGAUGGUAGUCGUAAAAAAGGGCAGAAUGCGAUUACAUGGUCAUCAGAAAUUUUAAGCAUAUUCCGUAAGCAACGCUUAUUUCUGGGUAAUAUUAAAUUUGGUUCUGUCCAAGUCAAUAGUUCAGUUACGUACAAAUUCAUUGGUAUGACAAUACUUCACGAUGUUUUUGAGACCUACUUUUCUGAAGAAGGGGCGUUACCAUCAGAGUAUAUUUCCACCUACGUCGACUACUGUAUGAAGCAAACAAACGAUAACGAUGCCGAGGUUGCUAAAAUCAAGGAAGAUUUGCUUGACAGUACCAAAUUGAUAGAAUUGCUAUCCGAAAAGGAUAUUUUUGAAAGUACUUAUAAAAAGCAACUCUCCAGAAGGCUGUUGCAGCAGAAAUCUAUACUAGAAAUUGAAAAGUGGAUGGUGCAAAUGAUAAAGGAUGCUCUAGGGACUUUUUUUACUUUGAAACUAGAGAUAAUGUUACGGGAUAUUUCCUUGUCUUCAAGAAUUUUGCAAGCAUUUAAAUCCUCAAGUACCAGCAGCAUAGAAUAUAUGAAUUUUGUACCAGAGGUUUUAACAAGGACAAGUUGGCCUUUUCAAAGUACUAACCCAAUUGAUGAGAGUAUUGCAUUGCCUCCUAGGAUGUCUCAAAUGUUAAUGGGCUUCGAAGAGUAUUACUCCUUAAAAUACAAGGAAAGAGUAUUAAAAUGGGCCCAUCAUUUAAGUGUGGUUGAGAUUGGAUGUCAGUUUAAUAAUGGUUACUACGAAAUAAGUUUUUCUGUUUACGCCGGAGCUAUUUUCCUUCUUUUUGAGAAUUAUGAAGAACUAACAUUAGAAGAGAUCCGUGAACUUACCCAUAUUCCUGAGGAAGAUGUAAAAUCUCUUGUAAUGUCAAUGUCAACAGUUCCUAAAUGUAGAAUUUUGAAAAGGUCGUCGAAUUCAGGAAAUGCUAAAUUUUCCGUAAAUUAUUUUUUUUCUGCUCCAAAUAGGAAAGUGAAGGUGCCAAUUAUUGCUGGUCCUGCUUCAUCCCAUAAAUCGGACAACUUGGCUAGCCAAAGUUUGGUAGACACCUAUGAAAAUGAAAGCAUUAUGGAGGUUAAUGCUGCUAUUGUCCGUAUCAUGAAGACAGAAGGAAAGUUAAGCCACCAACAGCUACUGCAGAGAGCUACGAAGCAUAUGGAGCGUCGUUUUCAUCUUACGUCCAGUACGUUCAAACGAAGCCUUCAACUUUUAUUGGAAAAAGAGUAUAUACAGAGAGACGCAGACGACGCCUCUUGUUAUCAUUACCUUCACUGA